UGUCUGUAUUGGUUUUAAUAUUAACGUUCAUUUUAUCAGGUGAAAGUAAUUUUUUAGAUUAAGACAUGAUACAUGCUGUAAACAAACUUCUUGCAGAGUAUGACGUGCACCUAGCUAGUGCUUCACCAAGACGAAAGAAUAUCUUGAACCAUGUUGGGAUGGUAUUCAAUAUCACUCCAUCCAACUUCGAAGAAAAUCUCGAUAAAAAGUCUUUCAACCAUCCAAGAGAUUACGUAGUUGAAAACGCGAAACAAAAAGCACUUGAAGUUAUGCAACGACUGGAAAAGGAUGACGCGAAACGCAAAAGAUUUGUUAUUGGUACCGACACUGUGGUGGUUGCCGAAAACCAAAUCCUGGAAAAACCGCACACCAAUGAAAACGCCCUCAAUAUGCUUUUAUGUUUAAAUCGUUUGAAGAAGCAUGAAGUGUACAGCGGCGUCGCACUUGUAAAAAGCGAUACUAGCGGCAAUACGGAGCUUCGUCAGUUUUACGAAAUGACACAAGUCGAAUUUGGUGACAUUCCAGAAUACGUCAUUAAAAUGUAUGCAGAUUCUGCAGAACCGCUGGACAAAGCUGGUGCUUACGGCAUUCAGGAUGUCGGCGGAACGUUGGUAUCCAAGAUAGACGGAUGUUACUACAAUGUUGAAGGCUUUCCGUUGUAUAAAUUUUGCAGUGAAGUCUACGACUGGUUGGCACAGCCUACCGCAACAGUUGUUUCUAAAUCAGAUGCAUCUAAUUGAAAACAUUAGUUGUCUUGAUAACACUGGUUUUGUUAAGUCGAGAAAAAUUUUUCAUGUCGUGACAAAGACUAAACUAGACUUAAUGUAUUUUAUCAUUUUUAGAAUUUAUUAACAAAGUAACA